AUGCCGCUCAACACAACGAACUUCCUUGUGUCUCAAGGAUGGGAAGGCGUUGGAGUACCACUCGAUGGCAAAGCGGGCAAAGGUCUCAAGAAGCCCCUCGCCAUUACACAGAAGAAGACUCUCUCCGGAAUCGGAAAGGAUCGAGACCGCGCCGAUGAUUGGUGGAACAGCAUAUUCACAGCAGGCGCGAAAAGUCUCUCUAUCGGUCCAUCCCCUGCUUCGUCUGGGGCUUCGACUCCAACGCUCGACAAAUCCAAGGCAUCCCCUAGCAGAACAACAUGGAACAUGGGCGAAAGGUCCGCAGGCUCGACCACCAUGUCGCUGUCUUCCUUGGCCAAACGUGAACAUGCGAGAAAGACGCUCAUGAGCAACUUUGUUCGCGGCAAACCGAUCGUACCCGCAAUUGAGCCAGUUGAUCCACCAAAGACUUCGAGCUCUGCUUCUGCCAAGGUUAAAGGUGCAAAGGUGGUCGCAGCUGCCGAUGCUGAGGUCAACUCUGCGCUUGACGUUACACCUUCAGCAUUAUCACCGGCUUCCUCAUCGAAACCUGAAUCGAAAGCGAAGUCCAAGUCCAAGGACCGCGAAGUCGACGCCGAGAAACUCGCGCGAAAGUUGGCAAGGAAAGCUCUCCGCAAGCAGAGGAAGAAAGACACAUCAGACGAUGCCGAGACUUCAUCUUUGUCCUUGUCAAAGAAGGAAAGCAUAAGAGAGGUUCCUAGGGAGAAGAAGGAGAAGAAAGAAAAGGAAGAAAAGAAAGAAAAGAAAGGAAAGAAGAGCAAGGCGGACACUGCUGUCUCACCGGAAGCAAUAGAGACAGCCUCCUCGAGCAAGAAGCGGAAAAGGGAUAAGGAUGCGGAUGCUGAUAUCAAAACGAAGAAGAUAGUCAAGAAGGACAAGAAAGCUAAGAAAGACAAGAAAGAUAGGGCCGAAGGGAAAGAGAAAAGAGACAAGAAAGAAAAGAAGACGGACAAUCAUUAG